AUGACUUCCACCUUAAAUCGUCGUCAGGACGAACCUCCAGGUCCGAAUCCUCUGCAGGACGAACCCUCAGGCGCCAGUCCUCAGCAGGACGAACCCUCAGGCCCCAGUCCUCGGCAGGACGAACCCUCAGGCCCCAAUCCUCAGCAUGACGAACCCUCAGGCCCCAAUCCUCAUCAGGACGGUCCCAAUCCGCAGCAGGAUACUGUUCCCUGUCCUAAGGAGUUGCCAUCAGCUAAUGGUGCUAUCAAUCCUGGAUUGGAGAAUCGUAUUAAGAUCAACUUAGGCUCAAGCUCAAAGCAAGAAAUGCAAGAGCUUCGGAGGAGGCUUGAGCGCGAGCUUGACACAGUGAGAAGUUUGGUCAGGAGAAUUGAAAUGAAACAGAGGCAGUUGGGUGGCUAUGGCAAUUCAAAUAUGCUAGCGAAUGAUAGAAUUGGUAAUACCAUUGGACCAAGACGUGUUCUGUCAGGGGUAGCAUCUGGUGGUGUUCCAAGAGAAUCCGCCAGGCCUUUGCACCAGUUAAGCAUAUCAGUGCUAGAGAAUUGUCAAGGAGUCGGUGAAACUGUUGAAAAGGAGAAGAGAACCCCCAAGGCAAACCAGUUAUAUAGUAAUUCUGAGUUCUUGCUAGGGAAGGAUAAAUUCCCUCCUGCAGAGAGUAAUAAGAAGUCAAAACUGAGGAAGAAGCAGGGUGGGGGAGAAAUGGGACACGGUUUUGGGAUGGGAUCAAAAUUCUUCAAAAGUUGCAGUUCAUUGCUUGAGAAGUUGAUGAAACACAAGCGUUGGGUUUUUAAUGCUCCUGUUGAUGUUGAGGGCCUUGGAUUGCAUGAUUAUUUUAGCAUAAUCACACAUCCUAUGGACUUGGGUACUGUGAAAACAAGGCUGAGCAAGAAUUGGUACAAAUCGCCAAAGGAAUUUGCGGAGGAUGUGAGACUUACAUGUAAUGCUAUGACAUAUAACCCACCUGGACAAGAUGUUCAUAUAAUGGCAGAGCAGCUAUCAAAGAUAUUUGAGGACAGAUGGGCCAUAAUAGAGUCGGAUUACAAUCGGGAAAUGAGAUAUGUAUUGGAUUAUGGGACAACUGUUUCUGCACCAUCACCACUAUCCAGAAGGGCUGCUACAAUACCUCCGCCUGCCCUUGAUAUGAGAAGGAUUUUGGACAGAUCAGAAUCGAUGACGCAACCUCCAAGACCCAUGAGCAUUACUCCUUCUAGUAGAACCCCCGCUCCAAAGAAGCCAAAGGCAAAAGAUCCGUAUAAAAGAGACAUGACAUAUGAGGAAAAGCAAAAAUUGAGCACAAGCCUCCAAAAUCUGCCUCCAGAGAAACUAGAUACGAUUGUACAGAUCAUUAAGAAGAGAAAUUCUGCACUUUCACAACAUGAUGAUGAAAUUGAAGUGGACAUUGAUAGCGUAGAUGCGGAGACUCUUUGGGAGCUUGAUAGGUUUGUGACCAACUUCAGGAAAAGUUUGAGUAAGAACAAGAGAAAAGCUGAGCUUGCCAUUCAAAGAGCAGAAGCUGCAAAGAAUGCCCCACAAAUGGUAUACGCGCUGGAACCUGCUGCGGUUGUGGCUCCUCAAGAAACCAUAGCAGGUGAAAGAAAUGCUUCUGCAUCUUUUCCUUCACAAGCAGAAAAACAGGUGAAUAAUGGGAGUAGGUCAAGCAGUUCUAGCAGCUCAAGCAGUGAUUCUGGAUCUUCUUCAAGUGAUUCUGAUAGUGAAAGUUCCUCAGCAUCUGGAUCUGAUGCAGGAUCACCGAGGACCUGAAUUAAUUUAAUUCUCUAAGUUGUCAGGUAUUUAGAGUAGAUAAUUGAUGACAUGAAGAUGACAUGAAGCUUCCACAUUAUGGAUCCAAAUUUAGCAGCUGGUGUAGAGGGGAAGCAUCACAGUCAAGGCCACCAGUGAUCCUAUCCUACAAAUGCAGUAUGGGAUCUUUUUCUUCCCGUUUGUUGGAACUUUGCACCAUUGCAGCUCGUGGCCGUAUUUGUUUCGACACGGACUUUUGUAUAAUAUUUGGUAGAAUGUUGUGAUAAUUAGAUAGGAUUUUAGGUAGUUUUCCGUAGCAUGUGUACAUUGCUAACUACUGCUACUCAUUAAGUUCUAUUGGUGACUUCUUUCUUUGGUUUUGUGGUGGCAGAUUCAGGAUUCCUUGGUGUUAUACAAAGAUAUUCUGUAAUUCCAACUUCUUGAAGUCAUUAUUGGUUCACAUGAAAUCUCAUUCUAUGUUGUGGUAUCCUGAGUCUGGCAUUGGGUUGUUAAAACGUAAUAACCUUAGGGAGAUGUUACUUUGUUUUCAAUCAAGCGAGUUCAUCUUUUGCUCUGCUUUUGUCCCCAAUGGUUUUGUAAUAUGAUAUCCUGAGCAUCUUAGGAGUGAUCGAGCAAAAGCGAACGUGUUUCUGUGGCUAUUAGGCGGUUUAUAGUCGAGAUUAAUACAAUUGUACAGCCAAGGGUUUUAUUUUUUC